UGUCCAACAUUUGAUUCACAUUGUUAUCACAUUACAGUUAAUCAUGAUGAUGGUUGAUAACUUUCUUCCAUCUGUUUUCUUGUCCUUGUAAUUAUUUUUGCAUCAAGUAGCACAGGAAAGGGGAGCUCCACUCAUCGGGGGCCUGACGGACGAGUCGACACACUUUUGCCCUAGUUGACACACACCUGAUUCCACGUAUCAAAAUAUCAUGGUGUUUAAACAGAUGUAAUGGCUAUGGCUGGGCAAAUGUGUGACUGACACUAAUCAGGCCCCUGAGGGCUACUCAUCCCUGAUAUGGCAUAGGAUCUAUGCUGAUAUCAUAGCUAGACAUGCAGUGGAUUCGGAAAGUAGUUCGGACCCCUUGACUUUUUCCAAAUUUUGCUACGUUACAGCCUUAUUCUAAAAUGGAUUAAAUUGUUAUUUCCCCCUCAUCAGUCUACACUCAAUACCACAUAGAGACAAAGUAAAAACAGGUUUUUGAAAUGUUUGCGAAUGUAUUAACUGAUAUCACAUUUACGUAAAUAUUCUCACCCUUUACUCAGUACUUUGAAGCCCCUUUGGCAGCGAUUACAGCUUCGAGUCUUCUUGGGUAGGACGCAUGGCACACCUGUAUUUGUGGAGUUUCUCCCAUUCUUCUCUGCAGAUCCUCUCAAGCUCUGUCAGCUCUCUCAAGCUCUGUCAGAUGUUUGAUCGGGUUCGAGUCCGGGCUCUGGCUGCGCCACUCAAGGGCGUUGAGACUUGUCCCGUAGCCCCUCCUGCGUUGUCUUGGCUGUGUGCUUAGGGUCGUUGUCCUGUUGGAAGGUGAACCUUCACCCCAGUCUGAGAUCUGCUCUAGAGCAGGUUUUCAUCAAGGAUCUCUCUGUACUUUGCUCCGUUCAUCUUUCCCUUGAUCCUGACUAGUCUCCUAGUCCCUGCGGAUGAAAAACAUCCCCACAGCAUGCUGCCACCACCAUGCUUCACUGUCGGGAUGGUGCCAGGUUUCCUCCCGAAGUGAUGCUUGGCAUUCAGGCCAAAGAGUUCAAUCUUGGUUUCAUCAAACCAGAGAAGCUUAUUUCUGAGAAUCCUUUAGGUGCCUUUUGGCAAACUCCAUGUGCCUUUUACUGAGUGGCUUCCGUCUGGCCACUCUAACAUAAAGGCCUGAUUGGUGGAGUGCUGCAGAGAUGGUUGUCCUUCUGGAAGGUUCUCCACAGUCUAUCUCUGGAGCUCUGUCAGAGUGACCAAGGCCCUUCUCCCCCGAUUGCUCAGUUCGUCCGGGCGGCCAGCUCUAGGAAGAGUUGGUGGUUCCAAACUUAUUCCAUUGAAUAAUGAUGGAGGGCACUGUGAUCUUGGGGACCUUCAAUGCUGCAGGGAUUUUUUCGGUAUCCUUCCCCAGAUAUGUGCCUCAACACAAUCCUGUCUCGGGGCUCUACGGACAAUUCCUUCGACCUCAUGACUUGGUUUUUGCUCUGACAUGCACUGUCAACUGUGGGGCCUUAUAUGGACAGGUGUGUGCCUUUCCAAAUCACGUCCAAUCAAUUUAGCUUACGACAUGUGGACUCAAUCAAGUUGUAGAAACAUCUCAAGGAUGAUCAAUGUAAACAGGAUGCAUCUGAGCUCAAUUUUGAGUCUCAUAGCAAAGGGUCUGAAUACUUAUGUAAAUAAGGUAUUUCUGUUUUUACUUUAAUACAUUUGCAAAAACUUAAUUUCGCUUUGUUUAUUAGGGGGUGUUGUGUGUAGAUUUGAGGAUUUUUAUUUAAUCGAUUUUAGAAUAAGGCGGUAACAAAGUGGAACAAGUCAAAGGGUCUGAAUACUUUCCGAAUGCACUGUACGUAGACACAUAACAGCCUGCUCCUGGACCAUUGCACUCGCACAACAUGCAAUUCAAUCAUAUAUGGCUACCAUGUGCGUCCAAUUUUUCAAUAGUUAACUGAUUUGGAUUUUGGCAAUCGGUUAGGAUUAAUUGUUAGAAUUGUUAUUUCAAAAUGAGAUGCUGAUCCUCUGCAUAGGAAUUCAUAUUUGGUAGUCUAAUCUGACCUUUCAAUCAGGAUUAAAUUGCGUUUUUGCAUUUUUCAAAACUUAAGGUACUGAUUAGGAUAGUUUUGAAGCCGAAAUUCAGGAUGAUCUUGAUCCCACUUGAAGGGUGGACUUAGAAAGGUGAAAGGCACUACAACCAAGAAAUGUCUGACUAAAGUGAAGUUAAAAAUAUAUAAAUACUAAAUGUAAAACUAAAUGUUCAUUCUGUUAAAUUGACCUCAAUAUAAGUAUGUGGUCAGUUGCUAGGCUACAUUUGAAGUUUCAAAUGUUUGUACUUAAUGAUAUACAGGCACAAACUAAUCAAAUUACCUUUAUUCGUGUAGUUUACACUCUUUCCCUAUGACAGUGUAGAAGUAGUACCAUAACCUGUCCGGUUGAGGGCAAGGUGUAGUUCUGUUCAAAGCUCUGAAAAGCUGUAUUAUGUGAUCUUGAUAUUGUGGUAUCUGGAUCAAAAUGAGACAUUUUAUUUUCUGAAAAAGUCUUAACAGCAACAUCGAUCUGAUCCUGGCUUAAGAGGAUUACAGAAUCCAGAUCAUUCUGAUCCAGAAUAAAAGUUUUGCAAGAUAAAAAAUAAAUCACCCCUGGUUACCAACUGAAGCAUCACAUUGGUUAAUAAAUUACCCUAACGAUACAGGCCACUCAAAUCAGGAAGUUGCCGCCUCUCCCCCGAGUUGACACCUAUUGGUCUACUCAGUCAGAGAAACAGUUUGCAUCUGAACACCAGGUUGAAAGGAGAGUCACUUUUAGCUCUAAAACAUGCUGGAUCAGGUAGUGCUCAUUGCAGGAGUAACGGUGUUGGGUGUGUUACAGCAAGCUUACUUCUCUCUACAGGUGAUAUACGCCAGACGCAAGUACUCUGUCUCCCCACCCAGCACUUCAGGACCCCCAGAGUUUGAGAGGGUCUUCAGAGCUCAAGCCAACUGCUCUGAAUAUUUCCCGAUCUUCAUCAUCAUCCUAUGGGUGUCUGGACUCUUCUUCAGCCAAGGUCUGUCCGCACUAUGUGGACUCCUAUACCUGUACGGGCGUUACCAGUACUUCAGGGGCUAUGCUAAAUCGGCACAUGGACGACUAGCCCCUCUGUAUUUCAGUGCCAAGGUUCUGUGGGUUCUGAUCGGGUUCUCCACCCUGGGGAUUCUGGGUUUUAUGUGUCGGUUCUACCUGGAUCUGGACCUGAAGCAGCUCGCCAGUUCUGUCCUCGGCCUGACUGAGGAGGAGGGGGGGGGGGGACUAUAAGGGAUGAGCAGGAGGAGAAGAGAUUAAAGGAGAGAUGAUGGGUUACACUAACAACUGUAGACAGGCUACCUUCAUUGCCAAAUCAAGACAACUAAAUGGAAUGGUUGAUUGAAGUAGGGAAAGGUAUGUUCCAACCGUGAGCUGCAGUUUUGAAAUAAUAGAUGUGUCCGGUCUAGGCCUAUUACUGGCUAUUUUACGAACUGCUUAUGUGCCAUUUAGAUUGCAGUUACAGUCCCCCUAAACCAAGGCAUGUUUCAGACUGAAAUAUCGAACAAAAACAUUGUUUUGAUGAAAGCAAACAGGGUCGGCCUAUUCAUUAAUUAGUAAAGUUAGUUUAAUCUUUUCCAAAAACCUGCACACCAAGUGUAAGCUCAUAUCUUGCCAAAUGUGGGUACCAAAUGGUUAAGAAGGGAAUCAUUUAAGCUUUAAUUCUGUUAACUGUAUGUCUCAACUCAUAUUAUUAAGCGGAUUACUCCCUGUUAAAACGGGAGCAGACUGUGAUAUUGAUUAGAAAGAAGCACCUGUUUGGGUAGCGUAAGUCGCAGCUCAAAUUGUGCGUGCAGUCCUUCAUUUAGUAAACCACCUUGCAACUCAAGUAGGCCUAAGUGUUUUUCAAUUUAGACAGAAUAUAGGCCUAAACAUUUUAUUUAGUUGUUCAGUGUGGUGGCUGACUACUGUGUUAGCUAUCCGGUGUAUUUAGUGUCAUUAAUUUGGAAAAAGAAAAAGGCUUGUGGAAAAAGCAACUCCCUUGCUAUCAUUAUUGCCAAAUAAUAAAAUGUAAUCUUACUUCACUUGUCUACUAUUAGGCUACUGUAGAAGGUUAAAAGUAUAUAAAUUAUCCACAUUUGUGAAUUCCAACUCUGUUCAAGCAAGGGAACUUCCUUACAAAAUUAGCAUGCAUUUUUUUUUAAGUGGUUAGACUGUUGUCAUAUGUGUUGCUGAUGCAUCCAAACAAUGUUAAAGCCCCAUGCUUAUUUUAUUUUGAAAUCAUUGUAUGUCUAAAUCUGUUUAUUUAUUGAAAAUAACUCAAUAUAUUUAUAAUUUAUUCCCAGAGCCUCCUUUUGCCAUUGAAAUGUUCAGUCUGAUAUUGUGGGUGUGUUGAUAAAAAUGUAAAUAUUUACAUACUCAGCCCUGAUUGGUGGCAAGAAUCAUCUAGUCCAGGGAUUGGCAACUGGCGGCCCAGCCCUCCCUUUGUAGGCGCGCGGACCAAUUUCCAAAGAAAAGAUUGUUGCGAUCUAAACUUGCAGUAAUCAUGAUUGAAUUACCAAACAUUUCUCUCCACUCUAUUGCAAAAUGUGUAGAAAUGCAGAAAGUUAGCUGUAAAACGGCAAAUUUUUCUCUCUGCCCCAUGGCAAAAUUUGUAGAAUUGCAUGAAAUGAUUUAUAAAAUUGCAAAAUCUUCUCUCCACUCCAUUGCAAAAUGUGUAGAUUUUCAGCAAACUUGCUUUAAAACUGCAAAUGUUGCUUAGGGCCUCCAAAAGGUCUGCUCUGACUGCAUGUGUGGGUAUGCAGACCCACGAGCCAGUACGGCCUCCCAUGAUGAGUUCAGAUUUUUUGUGGCCCUCACCCCCAUCGAAGUUGCCCAUCCCUGGUCUAGACUCUCUAUAGCCUAGAGCAGGGGUGUCAAACUCAUUUCGCAUCGUGGGCCACAUACGGCCUAGGGAGAUGUCAAGUGGGCCGGACCAUUAAAAUUAUACCAUACUCUGCUAUAAAUAACCAAAAUAUCAUGUCUUUCCUUUGUUUUGGUGUAAAGAAGCACAAGAACAUUAGGAAAAUAUUGAAAUUUAAUGAACUAUCCUUUUACAAAACAUUUCAUGAAACACCUCAUAUUUCCUUAGACAAAUGUGCAAUUUACUUUUAUCAUUCACAAAUAUGCAUUGCAACUGAUCCCACUGAUUGUACAAAGGCACAAAACUUUAAUUGGUACUGAAAAAUAUAGUAAUGCACUUUAAGAUUAAAUGAGACUUUUAAAGAAAGGAAUUUUUAAACCACUUACACAUACGCAUAUUAAAAUCUAAAUGUAAUCCCUGCGUACACCUUACAAACUAAGGAGAGUGAUUUUAAAUGUGUAAUGAAGAAAGUGUUCGCCUGUCCUGUAAAUCUGUAAACUUCAUACAUGAAACAUACAUACACAUACAAUACAUACUGAAAAUUUAUGGAGUUGUAUGAACAGUAGAAUUCCAUCACACAACUUUUGUUUUGAAGCUGCUGACUAACAUUAAAGUGCACAUUUUUUAAAUCACCACAGUAAGGAUUCAUCUUCACAGAGCUGUAUUCUUUCAAUGCAAACAGUAUCUAAGGCAGCAUUUUAAAGGUGUUAGUCUAGUCUGGACUUGUAUUUGUUCCUGAAACUUGGCAUCUUUUGGCCUGUACAAGUGCAUCAACACCAGGUGCAACACCAGGUGUCAUGUCCUGACUAGCUGUCACUUUCAGAAUGUCAUUUAAGUGCUUGUUUGUGAGCCUUGAACGCAUUUUUGUUUUAUUGAUAUUCAUCACUGAGAAAAUUUGUUCACAAAGGUAGGUUGUCUCAAACAUGCACAAAAUUUUAGCAGCCAGGGCUGUUAAUUUGGGGUACCCUGGUAGUAGAUACUGAUAAAAUCUGUCCAGACCUACAGAGGCAAAUUUGCCCUUCAAAUCUGCAUCACACUGCAAAUCAAUUAUCUCUAGCUGAAUUUCGACCGGCAGAUCAGAAGCUUUAACUGUGAAAGGUGAGCGAAAAACUGAAAAUUCUGUCUCAAGUUCACCAAAUACCUGAAAACGUUUCUCAAACUCCCGCAGUAGUCCUGCAAUUUGACUGCUGUUUCCUCAGACCCGCCAGCAAUUCGUUAAUCUUAUCUCUUCUCAGUUGUCCUUGCAAGCCGUCAUAUUUUUCGCUGUGAUGAGUCUCGUAGUGGCGUCGAAUAUUAUAUUCCUUCAAUACCGAAACUUGUUGCAAACACACCAAGCACGAAGGUUUUCCGUGCAUCUCUGUAAAUAAAUAGGACGUGGUCCAUUUUUCUUUGAAAAUUCUACACUCCUUAUCUACUUUUCUCCGUUUGGAUAACGACAUUUUGGCUAAUGAGGGUGUAGCGGAGAGGUAGAGACCAAGGUAUUAACAACGUCGUAACAAGCAGCAGAUGGCGCAUUGAUACCGUCUGCUGUUUUCAGUCUGUCUCAGUGAUGCGGCUUGUCUUCUACUCUGAUGGAAAGAGUGCGCCCCUUAGCGGAUAAUCCAUGAAUUGCAGCGAAUUAAAAAUAUUAAUUCCAUGUCUUUUAUGCAUUUUUUCCACUUUCAAAUUAUCCUGCGGGCCUGAUCGAACCUCCUUGGGGGCCGGUUCCGGCCCGCGGGCCGUAUGUUUGACACGCCUGGCCUAGAGAGUGCCACCCGUGUACCCCUUCAAAGUAGGAGGAUACAUAUGCAAAUUAAAGAUGACUGGUCAUUGGUCAGAAUAAUAAGAUUCUGAUGUCAUUAUCUGGACCUAAAAUGUCAUCUCACCUAAAGAAAGAUAUAUAUAUAUAUAUAUAUAUAUAUAUAUAUAUAUAUUUUGGUGCAUGUUAACUGACCAUUUUAUUUUGGGUAAGUAAAACAUGACCUGUUUUUGGCCAAUGCAGCUGUUUUUAUAUCAAAAAUAUCUGUGUAACAAUUGAGUACCUUACAGUAAUAGUUUUCCAUUAAAAUGGACCAAAAUAGCCUUUUAGCUAAAAUUUAUUAGGCACUGGGCCUAAUGUCAACACAAAUAUAUUAUGUGAAAUGGUUUUUGGAAUCCCCUGUUUUCCAUUGGUGAUUUAGUUUCUGUUGUAUGGCCCAGUGAUCUGUGCUGGAUCUUGGUGUUAAACAUCAAUAAAUAAAAAACAUUUGGAUUACUUUUGA